AUGGCAGAAGAACUGCUGGACGACGUUAACGACUAUGACUACGAUGAUCCGGAAGGCAUGGAGUUUGAAUCACAAGCUGAAAGCAUACGUAAGACAUUUAUUUUUGUUUUUUAAUUUUAAGGUUUAAAGUUUGAACUAGGUGUUUAUGUUAACAUGGCAUAAUUUCACGUUUCUAGCCUAAAAUAAGGUGCUUUUAAACAUAAUUUCGAUGAAUAACGUAAAAUAUUUUGUUUAGUUCAUUCUGACGACGAAAAUGAGGCUCCAGCUUAUCCGAGCUACGCGUUACGAAGCAGUGCAACUAAAAUGCGAGCUCCAAUGACUCCAAUCAAAGAGAAAGACGAAAGCAAGUUCUCAAGUGUAUAUCUCAAGAAUCCACUGAGGGAACGUGUUGCAAACAGUCGCAGAGAUUUGACAGAUGCAUUUAAGAACAUUUCUUUUGCUAACAAAAAUGAUCCAGAAGUAAAGGCCAAAAAAGAAAGAGAUCGAAGAGCUUGGGCUGGGAGCUACGAUGAUGUUGAUGUAGAUGACCGUGAUAAGACGCUAGCUCGUGCUGGAUUGGAUACAAUGGAAGAACAGGUUAAGGCAUACGAAAAUAGGUUUAACCACAAGUUUUCUGAGGUGAGUUUUUGGUUUUUUGUUUUUCUUUGACAGGCAUAAUCUUUAAGAUAUUAUACAAGUCAUUUAAAUUAUUGACUACUUUUGGUAUAACUUUUUUAAAAUUGUAGUUAGGGUUGUAAAUCUUUUUGUGGGGUUUGAUUAUUUGUUUCUUUAACUAAUUUAUGUUGGAGAUUUAUAAAACAUACAGUUUGUUUAAUGUUAUUUUAGGUACAAGAAGAGCCAAAGAGAUCAGUUCGAUUUGAUGAAGUUGUUCAAGAAAAUCCAACUUCUGUGGCAUUUACGAGUGUUGCAGAAAGUGUUCACUCAGUCCGACAAAACAGUUUUUCUGACGAAGCACCGGUUGAAAGAUUUGAUCUUCGUAGAGCAGAUUCAGAAGAUUCCAUUGGAAACAGAAGUUAUGAGGAAGAUAGAAGGAUUUCAGAAGCCGAUGACGACAGACAAAGGGUCUUGGAUUUCGAAGAAAAUUGUGGAGCUAAUGAAGCGGUCAAACGAGAUCCAGAUGUCAGGCGGAAUGUUAGAAAUACUGAUAUUGAUUUAGCCUCAAAGACAAGAGAGAAUGAAGUCAAGGUUCAGAAGAAUGACAGUCUUUUGCACAAAAUGGUACGUUUGUUGUUGUAUAUUGUUGAGUUUUAUCGUUGGGUGUUUUUUGAAUAAAGUUUUUAAUUGAAUAAAGUUGUGUGUCUAUUGGGUAUGAUAUGAUGGUGUAUAUCUAGUCUUUUGAGCUGUCAUUCGCGUCAUACUUGAUAUUAACUAUAGCUUUCCUUAUAUUAUCGUAGUAAAGACUAUUUUUCUUCUAGUCCUUAUGCUUUAUCUAAUAAAAUUGCUUUCAGAACCCACCAGUACCACAAAACGAGUCAAGACUACAGCGAUGGAGAAGAGAAAGAAAGCAAGAAUUGGAUCAAAUCCGCUCACAGAGAGAUGAAGCUCUUCAGAAGUCUCAAACUCGAUCUUCGUUAGCACCAAGAAUCGCUCAAUCACCUAAUCCAAAGUCGUCUGGUCGAUCGCUACCUAUGGAUGUUGUUCAACCUUCUUUAAUUAACCAACAUUUGAAUACUGGCGUCUUUAAAGUACCAUUGAGCCGCGCUGAUGUUCUUUUUACUCCAAAACGACCAGGACAUAGAAGUUUGAGUGGCAAUUUGAACUUCAGUACCAAUAGCCAUGGUAAUUUGAGUGCCCGUACUGAUGGAUCUGGUGCUUCUUGUGGGUAUGGUAAUGGUACUCAAGGUCUUCGCAAUGGUAGUGCGUAUGUUGAUGUAGCUUCUGGUACUCAUGGUUAUGGUAGUGCUAAUGCUCAUCAUAAUGCAUCUUCUCGUAAUCAAGCCUACUGUAACAACAAGAUGAGUGCUCCAGAUUACGGUACCGGGAACCAAACUACACAAGGUUACGGUAACAACAAUUUAAACGCCAGAAGUUACGGUAUGGAGAACCAACAUGCUCAAACUUACGGUAAUACAAGUAGAAAUGUUACAAAUUUGGGAAACCUGAGCACUCACGGUCAAGCUGAUGUCACUUCUGGCAAUCGCUACAUUGAAAAGACCGAAGAUACUCAAUCUCAGAAGUCAGCCAAGACGAGUUCAAGUGGAAGGUCGGCACCAAACACAAUGUGCACGAUGAGAACGGCCAUCGAAACGGCCGACAACUCGUUCCAAUCGAGGGCUCCGUCUACUAUGAGUCAAGUGUAAGGUUUUUGGAAGUUAGGGUAGAUGAAGAAUGACAGUUUUUGAAAAUUUUGUUGAUUUAAAUGAGGUUUUGUUAUCUUUUCUUUCGUAUUUUAUGUUCUUUUUGAGGUUUUUAGGUAAUAUUUUAAAUUUUUUUCAACUUUGAUAACAAAAUUAUGCUUUUUUAAAGCUUUUUGUAUUAAAAUGACGUUUCAGAAGCGCUGAGAUUACGGCGAACACACAACAACUAGCAUUUGGCUUUGUGGAUGUUGACCAGGAAAAGGUGCUGGAAGUGGCAUUAACGAACAGAAGUUUCCGGACUUUGGAAUUCAAAGUCAGCAUUAAGUAUCCAACUGACUAUAAACUUGGAUGGGUCUUCAAAGUAUGUUGUUUUUGUUACAAUAUUGUUUAAAUCUAAGUUUUUCACGUUUUUAGUUCACAUAGGUAGUGAUUAGGCAAUGACUUUUAUAAAAAUCUAAAUUUAGGUAACAAAUUGGAUUAGUAACUAAAUUUUAUUGAUGUAUAAGGCUGAACAACCUUUUUUAGGCAUUAAAAUACAUUUUUAGGCAUUUGUAUUCAUUUUUAGGUAUUAAAAUUCAAUUUUCAGGUACUAAGCUUAUCCACAACGAGUAUCGAACCCGGAGGCACCACCAAGUUCUCAGUACUAUUCAAACCAAGAAACGUAGCUGUCUAUAACGCAGAAAUCAUCGUAACAGGUACCAAUCUAUGUGAAACGGUCUAUAAAAUACCGUGCUAUGGCUACGGUGGCCGAGCGAUGUUAGAAGCCUUAACGUCAGCCGGGGAAAGGUUAUUGGCAGGCCCUGAGGGCUUGAGAGUACUAACUAUCGAUUCAAGAGCUAAUUCGUUCACGUUUGCUUUGAAGAACACUGGGGAACGGUGAGUAUUGGGGUAGUUUUUGGGUGGGAAAUGAUGGGGAUUGGGAUGUUUUUCCAAAUUAGAGGGGUUGUAAAAUGAAAAAAAGGUGGUUGUUUGAGGGUUUUUAAAUUGAAAAUGACAUAAAGUUGAUUAUUUUUGAUGAAAAACAUGUAUUUUCGAAGUAAUUUCGAACUGAAAAUGGCAGAAAUUGCGUGCUUUUGGGAAUAUUUGAAUUGUAAAAUGAAUUUUUUGAAAUUUAAAAAGAAUUUUUGAAGAUUUUAAAAUUAAAAAUAUUGUUUUAGGACAGCGUUUUGUGCGAUAAUGCCAAAGAAUGAACACGAUGACUUCUGCGAACCGAACCAUGUUGUUAUCACACCACAACGGGUUAUCAUUCAAAAGAAUAAAAUGCAGGUAAGUCUGGAUAGUAAAGAUAAUAUAAGAAAAUUACGUGUUUUUUGUUUUUACAUUGACCUUUUUUAAUCAAAUUUAAAAAUUUUUCAUUUUUUGGGAAAAAUAAUUUUUUAGGUACAUAUAUGUAAGUUAAUAAAAAUUUUGAGAUUUUGUUGGAUUACAUAAAAGUCUGAAGUUUAACAACGUUUUUUCAGGUAUUCACAGUCAAAUUAACAGCAGAUUUGAGGAGAUCAGUGUCAGCGCAAUCGUUAAGCAGUGUCAGGACUGUCUCGGAUGGAGCACUUAAGCUAUGGGUUUACUAUGGAGAAGAACGACAGAGAAUGAGACUUAGAAAGUAGGGUUUUUAAUCUAUUUUGAAAGCAACGUAUCGUAACAAAAAAUUUAAAAAAAAAUAAAAUUGUUAUUAAGAUUAAUUUUAGGUAACAAUAUCUAUUCCUCCAUGGUAUUGAAGUACAAAAUCAUACUACUUUUUUUUUAGGUACGUUCGACAACAAAAAAGAGGCUACACCUGCUUCAAAAUGAACUUUGCAGUCGACUUCGAAGGCCAAUAUGACAGAGAAAUCAAGCUGGUUCAUCGUGCCGACCUCGAAGCUUUCAGGAAUUGCAUCAGAACGUUCCAAAUCCAAUUCAGCGAUCCGAGACGAACGGUCCAAAAAGCCUUGAUGAAUUCACGGCCAGGCACGGCAAUGACAUUCGAUAACACUCUAGAACAGUCAGUACAAUCCACUACGUUUGCUGAACAACUCCACUCAUUCGCGGCUACACCGCUGGCUAAAUCGAGAGCUUUCACACCAGGAAACAAUGAUACUAUGAUGCCGUGA